GUUCUUCCUGACCUCCCGCGCCAGUUCCCUGCCGCACGUUCCCAAGUCGCCCCCGUCACCGUUCAUCCGAAACGUCUUCCUGGCUGGAGGAAAACGCCCAUGGGGCCAGCGCUACGCUCUGAUCGGCCGCACGAGUCCCCCAGUCCAGGGCCCAGUUCCCCGAGGGCCCCCGACGAAGACCUGCCAACCUCCCCCCGCGCCCCCAGAACACCUCCGCAGAGCCGACCCCGAGGGCACGGGCCUGCGCACGCGCACACGCGCUCUGACGCCACGAAAACGACUUCAAACGUCCGUUCACGGAACCCAAAUCCACACUAGACUUCAGAUGUCUCUAAGACACGCUAAUUCUUCCCAAAAUGACAAGGACUCUGCUUUCUGCUGAGCGUGUCGGCAGUCGUGGCUCAGAUCUCAGGCUCCGCGCAUUUCUGCCCCCAGAAUUCUGAGUAUUUCAACAUGACUCACUGUAGGUGCAAAAUGGGAUACACGUCUGCAUCUGGGCAGGAAUACCUCAAGCCCUCCUCCGGGACAUGUACAGAUAUUGACGAAUGUGAACCACCCUAUAGUAGAUAUUGUGGAGCAAACGCUAAGUGUCGGAAUGUCAUAGGAAGUUUCGACUGUCACUGUGACUCUGGAUAUGAACUCCUCUCUGGGGGGACACGAUUCAACAAUUCUAAUGAGAACACUUGUCAGACGACCACCACCGCAGCGACCACCACCGCAGCGACCACCACCGCAGCAACCACCACCACAGCGACCACAACCACAGCGACCACCACCACAGCAACCACCACCGCAGCAACCACCACGUACAGGAAAGAGGUGCAACAGAUUGUUGACAAAGUCGAAUCACUUCUCAGCAAUAAGACUCUAUGGGAAGAGAAGAGAGAUGUCCCAUCCUGGGCCACAAAUAUUCUCCAGGAGACGGAGUCGAAUGUUCUAAAAACUGCCUUGAAAACCCCAAACCAAAACAACCAGCGAGGUCAAACUAGUACUGUGGCUGUUGAAACUCGAGUUGUCACAGACAAUUGCUCCGAGGAAAGAAAGGUCUUCACCUUGAACGCACAAAAGAACUCAGUGGACAUCCUCUGCGCUGACGUUGUCCAGGGAAACAUACAAGGUCCCAGCGCGGUCGCCUUCGUUUCAUACUCCUCUCUCGGAAACAUCAUAAAUGCAACUUUUUUUGAAGAGAAGAAUGAGACGCAUCAAAUUCGCCUGAACUCUCACGUAGUGAGUGCUGGUAUUGGACCCAAGAGGAACAUCUCCCUCUCCAAUCCUCUGACUCUGAGUUUUCAGCACGUGGAGAUGAGGCACCACAGAAACAAGGUCUUCUGUGUCUACUGGGAAACCACAAAGGGUCGCUGGUCCACGGAUGGCUGUUUCCUGAACAAAGUGAACGAAAGUCACACCAUAUGCAAUUCCACCCACCUGUCCAGCUUCGCUGUUCUCAUGGCUGUCAGCAGCCAGGAGGAGGAUCCCGUGCUAGAUGUGAUCACCUACGUGGGACUGAGCCUCUCUCUGCUGUGCCUCCUCCUGGCGGCCCUCACCUUCCUGCUGUGCAGAGCCAUCCAGAACACCAGCACCUCGCUCCACCUGCAGCUCUCGCUCUGCCUCUUCCUGGCCCACCUCCUCUUCCUCACGGCCAUGGACCGAACAGAGAUCACGGUGCUGUGCGCCGUCAUCGCGGGCGCCUUACACUAUCUCUACCUGGCCUCCUUCACCUGGAUGCUGCUGGAGGGCCUGAACCUCUUCCUCACUGCGCGCAACCUGACGGUGGUCAACUACUCAAACAUGAACAGAUUCAUGAAGUGGCUCAUGUUCCCGGUAGGCUAUGGAGUCCCCGCCGUGAUCGUGGCCAUUUCUGCAGCAUCCCGGCCUCACCUUUAUGGAACACAUGAUCGCUGCUGGCUCCACCUGGACCAGGGAUUGAUCUGGAGUUUCCUUGGCCCCGUCUGUGCCAUUGUCUGUGUGAAUUUCGUAUUUUUUCUCUUGGUCCUCUGGAUUUUGAAAAAGAAAUUUUCCUCUCUCAACAGUGAAGUGUCAACCAUCCAGAAUAUAAGGAUGCUGACAUUUAAAGCCACAGCUCAGCUCUUCAUCUUGGGAUGCACCUGGUGUCUGGGAAUCCUGCAGGUGGGUCCAGCUGCCCGUGUCAUGGCCUACCUCUUCACCAUCAUCAACAGCCUGCAGGGCGUCUUCAUCUUCCUGGUGUACUGCCUCCUCAGCCAGCAGGUCCGAAAGUGGUUUGGAGAGAUCAUGAAAUUUAAAACUAAGUCUGAGACUUACACACUUUCCAGCAGGUUUGGCCCUGACUCAAGACCCAGUGAGGACCAGUGAAGAGAAAAUAUUAAAACUAGAACAUUCAACUCCACGUGCAAAGUCAUAUCCAUGGUCUGGUUGGCAUCACAAAGAAUGAAGCUGGGGACGAGGGAAAUCAUUAUACAUGUCAUCUUUGGAGAGGAAACGUUUAACCUUUGCUUCCUGAAGUGUUAGUUCUGCAAAAUGAGUUCUCAAUAAAUGUGUGUUGAAUUGGA